AUGUUCAAGAACGAAUGUCCAGACACAAUGAAUCUAACGGAAGAGAGCUGCUCUGGAGAUGGAUCACCGAAAGAGCGAUCGUCAGAUGGGUCCGACAACGAAAAAAUCGAAGAUAGUGAAGAAGACGGCGGACUUGGUACAAACGAAACUGCAGAUGGAGGCGGAGCUACGGUCGCAAAAACUCACGAACCUGAAAACAUACGCCUUGACCACGAUGAAAAAAGACCUGACGAACGAAGAAAUCCUUUUGGAUUUCUUAGACAUUUUAUUUCCGACGGGGAAGAAUCAGUAUCCUCUGACGGCUCUGAUGGUGAUUAUUUUCGUGGUUUGCCCUCAGAGCGUGAUCGACGUAGUGAUUCAUCCGAAGAAAUGGAUGAGUUCGGAGAUACAGAAGAUAUGAGAUGA